CCCGUCCCAUCUCCCUGUCCCGUCUCCCGACCCGUACGCCUUUCCUCAACUCGCGCUCACGAAUGGUUAAAAAAAAAAAAAAAAGGGUGUGAGGCUCGAGCCCGCCAGCCAGGCCUCCAGCACCUCGCGCGCGCCCUCAGCAAGGACCCGCGCGAGCUGCCCGUGACGCUGCCUGCGCUGUUUGAAACUGCAGAACCCGUUAGGAUCUUGGGAAAACUACCGUUCCAGCUGGUUCCGGAGCCCGUGCAUGCCAGGGGGGCAAGUGGCGGUCGCGAGGAGGCUCUUGCCUUUCGCGUCUCUGCAGCGUGGAGACUAGAACUGGCACUUUCGAGGGACGCCACCUCCAAUCGCAGUGCUGGCGCGGGCGGAGGCUAAAACACGGGGGUCCUGAGACUGAGGAAAACGCGCCAAGUUCCCCUCGGUGGUGGAGUGGGAAAGACCCUAGCGGUUCAGGCGCUUGGCGAGCGGGACUACUUCUUGCUCUCCUCGCCAUCCCGGGGCGGGGGAGGGCGGGGGCGGGCGCCGCUCCGGGGAUGUAGUUGUUGCCGGCGCAGGGCAGGACCGAGCGGCAGCCCGGGUUCCCGCUCUUGAGAGCGAAUGGUCACUCCCCUGCGAGGAGGGCGAUCCGGCCAGGUUUCCCUUGGGUCGGGGCCCCCGCGGGCUCGGGGCAGGGGCUCACCUGUCGCACCCACACACAUCCCGGCUGGACUCCGGGCGUCACCGCCGCGGACCUCGCUUUGGGCCAUGACCAGAUAUGAUUGGUGAUUACAUCCUUGUAUAAAUUAAUUCUUGUCAACUCCUUGGGAUUUGAAGAGAAAAUGCCUGGUGUCAUACCUAGUGAAAGUAAUGGGCUUUCAAAAGGUAGCCCAUCCAAAAAAAACAGACUUUCCUUGAAGUUUUUUCAGAAAAAGGAAACUAAGAGAGCCUUGGAUUUCACAGAUUCUCAAGAAAAUGAAGAAAAGGCUUCUGAAUAUAGAGGAUCUGAAAUUGAUCAAGUUGUUCCUGCAGCACAGUCCUCACCUAUAAACUGUGAGAAGAGAGAAAACUUGCUACCAUUUGUGGGACUGAAUAAUCUCGGCAAUACUUGUUAUCUUAAUAGUAUACUUCAGGUAUUAUAUUUUUGUCCUGGUUUUAAAUCUGGAGUGAAGCACUUAUUUAACAUUAUUUCAAGGAAGAAAGAAGCCCUAAAAGAUGAAGCCAGUCAAAAAGAUAAGGGAAAUUGUAAGGAAGAUUCUUUGGCAAGUUAUGAACUAAUAUGCAGUUUACAGUCCUUGAUCAUUUCAGUUGAACAGCUUCAGGCUAGCUUUCUCUUAAAUCCAGAGAAAUACACUGAUGAACUUGCUACUCAGCCAAGGCGACUGCUUAACACACUCAGGGAACUCAACCCUAUGUAUGAAGGAUAUCUACAGCAUGAUGCACAGGAAGUAUUACAGUGUAUUUUGGGAAACAUUCAAGAAACAUGCCAACUCCUAAAAAAAGAAGAAGUAAAAAAUGUGGUAGAAUUAUCUACUAAGGUAGAAGAAAAACCUCAUCAGAAGGAGGAAAUGAGUGGUAUUAACACCAUAGAGAUGGACAGUAUGAGGCAUUCUGAAGACUAUAAAGAAAAACUCCCAAAAGGAAAUGGGAAAAGAAAAAAUGACAUUGAAUUUGGUAACAUAAAGAAAAAAAUUAAAGCAUCCAAGGAACACCAGUCAUUGGAAGAGAACCAGAGACAAACCAGAUCAAAAAGGAAAGCUACAGGUGAUACAUUAGAGAUUCCUUCUAAAAUAAUCCCCAAGUAUGUUUCUGAAAAUGAAAGUUCAAGACCCUCACAAAAGAAAUCAAGAGUUAAAAUAAAUUGGUUAAAGCCUGCAGCUAAGCAACCCAGCAUUCUUUCUAAAUUCUGUAGUCUGGGGAAAAUAACAACAAACCAGGGAUCCAAAGGACAGUCGAAAGAAAAUGAAUAUGAUCUUGAAGAGGACUUGGGGAAGUGUGAAAAUGAAAACACAACUAAUGGUUGUGAACUUGAAUCUCCAGGGAAUAAUGUUAAGUCCGUUAAUGUUAAUGAAGUUAAGCCCAUAAACAAAGGUGCAGAGCAAAUUGGUUUUGAGCUAGUAGAGAAAUUAUUUCAAGGUCAGCUGGUAUUAAGGACUCGUUGCUUAGAAUGUGAAAGUUUAACAGAAAGAAGAGAAGAUUUUCAGGACAUCAGUGUGCCAGUACAAGAAGAUGAGCUUUCCAAAGUAGAGGAGAGUUCUGAAAUUUCUCCAGAGCCAAAAACAGAAAUGAAGACCCUGAGAUGGGCAAUUUCACAGUUUGCCUCAGUGGAGAGGAUUGUAGGAGAAGAUAAAUAUUUCUGUGAAAAUUGCCGUCAUUAUACUGAAGCUGAACGAAGUCUUUUGUUUGACAAAAUGCCUGAAGUUAUAACUAUUCAUUUGAAGUGCUUUGCUGCUAGUGGCUUGGAGUUUGAUUGUUAUGGUGGCGGACUUUCCAAGAUCAACACUCCUUUACUGACACCUCUUAAACUGUCACUGGAAGAAUGGAGCACAAAGCCAACCAACGACAGCUAUGGAUUAUUUGCGGUUGUGAUGCAUAGCGGCAUUACCAUCAGUAGUGGGCAUUACACUGCUUCUGUUAAAGUCACUGACCUUAACAGUUUAGAACUAGAUAAGGGAAAUUUUGUGAUUGACCAGAUGUGUGAAAUAGGUAAACCAGAACCAUUGAAUGAGGAGGAAGCAAGGGGUGUGGUUGAAAAUUAUGAUGAAGAAAUGUCAAUUAGAGUCAGUGGAAAUACACAGCCAAGCAAAGUUUUGAACAAAAAAAAUGUAGAAGCUGUUGGACUUCUUGGAGGACAAAAGAGCAAAGCAGAUUAUGAGCUAUACAACAAAGCAUCUAAUCCUGAUAAAGUUGCCAGUACAGCAUUUGCUGAAAAUAGAAAUUCUGAGACUGACAGUACUAAUGGGACCCAUGAAUUUGAUACAAACAAGGAUUCCAGUGACCAAACAGGCAUUAACUUCACUGGAUUUGAGAACAAAAUUUCAUAUGUAGUGCAAAGUUUAAAGGAGUAUGAGGGGAAGUGGUUACUUUUUGAUGAUUCUGAAGUAAAAGUUACUGAAGAGAAGGACUUCUUGAAUUCUCUUUCCCCUUCUACAUCUCCCACAUCUACUCCUUACUUGCUAUUUUAUAAGAAAUUAUAGAGUAUUUUCCUUAUGUAUAUAUUAAACAGACCUGGACAAAAGCUGGUAGGUAAAGUUGACUACAUCAGAGUCUAGCUUAUCUUUUGAAGCUAUUGGGUAUUAUUGGUCUCUCUAAGGUUUUUAUAUAAAUAGUGAAAUUUGAAUUACUGAAAACCAUGUUAAUUUUUAGAAUUCAUUUCCCAUAGUAGAGACUAGUGAUGCAUUAGCUUCUGGGAACAAACUUGUAUAGGUUCUUAAUUGAAUUAUCCAAAUGGAAACAUGUAAACACUUUUGAAUUCACACCUAUCUUUUGUGUUUGCUUUUUAAAAUAAAGUGCUUGUAUUUGUAUCUCCAUA